GGAGCACCGGGGAAGCCGAAAGCGGCCACAGCUGCCAGGUCGCGGAACGGACGAGGCGGAGGCCACGGCCAGGGCGCCCACCUGCCGCCGGGGCACACGGAGGGCAACGGGGCUCAACCUGGGCCGCGUCUGUUCGCCCAGGGACUCGCGGUCCAGCCCCUCUCCGCCCCCGGGAGGGACAAAAGGAGGGCCGACGGUUGGGCCCGCCCCUCGCCCCUGCUGCGAGCCGGGGCCGCGGCUGCGGGAGGGAAACAGGAGGCACCAUCCCGGAGCGGAGAAACCAGUUUGGCCGGUCCUGGGGAGCGGAGGGAAAAGGGCGGACGCAGAGGAAGGGCGCGCGGACGCGGGGCGGGGAAAGGCGAGGAGCCAUUGGCAAGUUGCGAGAGCCCGGAGAGCCGCCGCCAACAGAACGAGCUUGCCGGGGCCCCGGGCCAGCCUCCGUGCGCCAUGAAGCGCUAGCGCGGCGGCCAGAGCUGGGGCCGGGCGGGCGGGCGGUCGGCGGCGGCCAGGUGCGCAGCGAGCGCGCGGAGAGGCGCGCACCCGGAUGCCCCAGCCGGGGCCCAGCGAGCGCCAGGUAGUUCCAAUCUGCCAGCAGAAUGAGUACAAAAAGAGACUCAGAAACGACAUUUCAGGAGGAUUCCCAGCCUAAUGACGAAGUGGUUCCCUACAGUGACGAUGAAACAGAAGAUGAACUUGAAGACCAGGAACCUGAGGUUGAACCUGUACAGAAUCGAGUCAACAGCGAAACAGAGGAAAGACGGGAGACAUUCAGAAAAGACUGUACAUGGCAAGUCAAAGCAAAUGAUCGAAGCUUCCACGAACAGCCUCAUUUUAUGAACACAAAGUUCCUUUGUAUUAAAGAGAGCAAAUAUGCGACUAAUGCAAUUAAAACAUACAAGUACAAUGCACUUACCUUUCUACCAAUGAAUUUGUUUGAGCAGUUUAAGAGAGCAGCCAAUUUCUAUUUCCUCGUCCUUCUUAUCUUACAGGCAAUCCCUCAGAUCACGACCCUGGCGUGGUACACCACCCUGGUGCCCUUGCUGAUGGUGCUGGGCAUCACGGCAGUCAAAGACCUGGUGGAUGAUGUGGCUCGCCAUAAGAUGGAUAAUGAAAUCAACAACAGGUCGUGUGAAGUCAUUAAGGAUGGCAGAGGUGCUGACUCUAAAAUAAUGAAGAAUAGUGGGAAAACCAGAUUUAAAAGAACUAAAAUUGAUUACUUGAUGAACUACAUGGUUUAUACGAUCUUUGUGGUUCUUAGCCUGCUUUCUGCUGGCCUUGCCAUCGGCCACGCUUACUGGGAAGCUCAAGUUGGCAAUUAUUCUUGGUACCUCUAUGAUGGAGAAGACUCUACCCCCUCCUACCGUGGAUUCCUAAAUUUCUGGGGCUACAUAAUUGUUCUCAACACCAUGGUGCCCAUCUCACUCUAUGUCAGUGUGGAAGUGAUCCGUCUUGGACAGAGUUACUUCAUCAACUGGGACCUGCAGAUGUACUACCCUGAGAAGGACACACCCGCAAAGGCCAGAACCACCACGCUGAAUGAGCAGCUUGGGCAGAUCCAUUACAUUUUCUCUGAUAAGACGGGGACACUCACACAAAAUAUCAUGACCUUUAAAAAGUGCUGUAUCAACGGGCAAGUAUAUGGAGACCAUCGGGAUGCUUCUCAGCACAAUCAUAGCAAAAUAGAGGAAGUUGAUUUUAGCUGGAAUAUAUAUGCUGAUGGGAAGUUUGCAUUUUAUGACCAUUAUCUCAUCGAGCAAAUCCAGUCAGGGAAAGAGCCGGAAGUGCGACAGUUCUUCUUCCUGCUUGCAGCUUGUCACACAGUCAUGGUGGACAGAAUUGAUGGUGAGUGUCCUUCUCGCACCUCAGACAUUGGAGACCAAUUUUUUAGUGUGCAGUUAAAUUUCUUUUCUUCCAGUGCUCUUCUUAACACAAGGAUGGAAAACCAGAGGAAUAGAAGCGGAGUCUAUGCAAAAUUUGCACCCCCUGCACACGAACCCUUUUUUCCAUCUGGCGAAAACCGGGCCUUAAUAAUCACCGGUUCUUGGUUGAAUGAAAUUCUCCUCGAGAAAAAGACCAAGACAGGUAACAUUCUAAAGCUGAAGUUCCCAAGGACAGAAGAGGAAAGACGAAUUCGAACGCAAAGCAAAAGGAGGCUGGAAGCUAGAAAAGAACAGCGGCAGAAGAACUUCGUUGACCUGGCAUGCGAGUGCAGUGCAGUCAUCUGCUGCCGGGUCACCCCCAAGCAGAAGGCCAUGGUGGUGGACCUGGUGAAGAGGUACAAGAAAGCCAUCACGCUGGCCAUUGGAGACGGGGCCAAUGAUGUAAACAUGAUCAAAACUGCCCACAUUGGUGUUGGAAUAAGUGGACAAGAAGGCAUGCAAGCCGUCAUGUCAAGUGACUACUCCUUUGCUCAGUUCAGAUACCUGCAGAGGCUGCUGUUGGUGCAUGGCCGGUGGUCUUAUAUAAGGAUGUGCAAGUUCCUACGAUACUUCUUUUAUAAAAACUUUGCAUUUACUCUGGUUCAUUUCUGGUACUCCUUCUUCAAUGGGUACUCUGCACAGAUUGCGUAUGAAGACUGGUUCAUCACGCUGUACAACGUGCUGUAUUCCAGCCUGCCUGUGUUGCUUAUGGGGCUGCUCGACCAGGAUGUGAGUGACAAACUGAGCCUGCGAUUCCCUGGGUUAUAUGUAGUGGGACAAAGGGACUUACUGUUCAACUAUAAGAGAUUCUUCGUGAGCUUGCUGCAUGGGGUCUUAACGUCGAUGAUCCUCUUCUUCAUACCGCUCGGCGCUUACCUACAAACCAUGGGACAAGAUGGAGAAGCGCCGUCAGACUACCAGUCUUUUGCUGUCACAAUUGCCUCUGCUCUCGUGAUAACAGUCAAUUUCCAGAUUGGCUUGGAUACUUCUUAUUGGACUUUUGUGAAUGCUUUUUCAAUUUUUGGAAGCAUUGCACUAUAUUUUGGCAUCAUGUUUGACUUUCAUAGUGCUGGAAUACAUGUUCUCUUUCCAUCUGCAUUUCAGUUUACAGGCACAGCACCAAAUGCUCUAAGACAGCCAUACAUUUGGUUGACCAUCAUUUUGACCGUUGCAGUGUGCUUACUGCCUGUCGUUGCCAUCCGUUUCUUGUCAAUGACCAUUUGGCCAUCAGAAAGCGAUAAGAUUCAGAAGCAUCGCAAGCGGUUAAAGGCAGAAGAGCAGUGGAAGCGACGCCCAAACGUGUUCCGGCGCGGCGUGUCCACACGGCGCUCGGCCUACGCGUUCUCCCACCAGCGGGGCUACGCGGACCUCAUCGCCUCGGGGCGCAGCAUCCGCAAGAAGCGCGCCCCCCUGGACGCCAUCAUAGCCGACGGGACUGCGGAAUACAGGCGAACUGUAGAGAGCUGACGCACUGGCCUCGAACCGGCCUGCUGCAAAAACAGUCACACAAAGGAAACGUCUAUUUUUUUUUUUUUAUUCAACUCUCAGGUCUAUUUUUUUAAAAAAUUGAAUUUGUCACAAGGAUGUCGAAGAUAUCAUAACCUUGAUAACAAAGCUACUCCUUGGGUUGGACUAUUAAGCAAUAGCGAAGCCAAGAAUACCUUUUUUAAAGUCCUGUUAUUCAACUGUUUAUGUUCAUGAUGAUUCAAAGGGAACAUUUUAACCUAGCCUCAAUCUAGGAUAACAGAAUUAGAAAACGUCUUAUAUUUCAAUUCUAAUGGUAGUGCAUUAUGAAAUCACAAUUAGAUUUUCCAGUCUGGGAUCUGCAAGGCAAAUUUCCCAGAGGCUCCUUUUUUUUUUUUCCUGUAGGCCACCUUUUAACAAAGAUCUUUUGUCUAUGAUGGUAAUGACAAAAGAUUUGUGAACGUUCGUCACCAGUAAGCUAAGUAGUCCGAUGGUUUUUUCAGAGUUGACAGCGGGCUACACUGUUCACGUUCCCAUAUUGCUCUGAUAAUUCAGUUCAAUCAAGGACUAUUACUUCAAAUUUCCUAAGUACAAGGUUUCAGUCUGUUUCGGUUUACUAUGAGGUUAAAAUAGCACAUUGCCUACGUUUACUCUUACUCUCAAAUAUUACGUUAGCCACUUCGUGUAGUACCAGGUGAGUUUAUUCCCUACUUUCAUUUAAAAUGCAUUUAAGUAUUUAUGGGCUUUUUAAAAAAAGUUUUUAAAAAACUGAGUAUAUCAGUGAUAAAUUGCAGAAUAUUUUGCAAAGCUUUCUUUUGAAAAGCAAACUUUGUGCCUGCCUACAUGUAAAGUAUUUUACAAGGGACUUGAACAGAAACCUCACUCUUUUUCAUUUGUGUUAUGCCUUGGGAGGAAAGGCUGUUUGUUGGUAGCCACAUUUCUAAGACUGAGAGGCAAAAGUUAUUUUUCCAGAGACUUUUCUCAUUCUGUCUUUCACACAGUCUCCAUAUUUUAGUGAAGACGUAGACGUGUUUUCAGUAACUCUGUUCUUUUACCAUUAGGCUGUAAACGUUCACAACAUCUGUCCUAUUGAAUUCCUAUGAGGAAAUCUCAGCAUGUACAUAGUUCAUUUUCUAGGUAUGAUAAAAAGAAUGUAUGGCUCUUUAUGGAAGCAAAUUUCUGAAAGUUUACAACUUUAUCUUGUAAAUAAAAACAAUUGUAAGUUGUUUUUGUGUGUAAAGAAAAUUUAGUUCGUGUAAUUCUGUCAGUUUCAGAUUUCUCUCCCGUUUUGCAAAUUGUGGGAAAGGUCGACAAUGCAAAUGUGUCAAAGACUUACAUUGCUGGGUGCAAUAUUAACAAUUUUAAAAUGCAAAUUGCUUUCGAUAAAUUAUUUCUACAUUCUGUAAAUCUGAGAUUUAAUGUAUAUUUUUGUUUAAAAAAUAAAUGCUUUAGUAAAAUCUU